AUGAGAAAUUUGAGUGGAGACUACAUAGUAGAGUUUGUUUUGGUGGGCUUCCCUACCUCCCCACCCCUUCAGCUGCUCCUCUUUGCACUCUUCCUUGCAAUUUUUUUGUUGACAUUGUUGGAGAAUGCACUCAUUGUUUCCACCAUCUGGCUCACUCCAAGCCUUCAUCGCCCAAUGUUCUUUUUCCUUGGCCAUCUCUCCUUCCUGGAGCUAUGGUAUAUCAAUGUCACUGUUCCCCGACUCUUGGGGGCAUUUCUUACCCAGGAGCAUAGAGUCUCCUAUGUAGGUUGUAUGACCCAACUCUAUUUCUUCAUUGCCUUAGCCUGCACUGAAUGUGUCCUGUUGGCAGUCAUGGCCUAUGACCACUACCUGGCCAUCUGUGAACCUCUCCGUUAUCCUAGUCUCAUGCCCUUCAGUAUGGCCACUCGCCUUGCUGCUUUCUCUUGGGGUAGUGGCUUCUUCAGCUCCAUGAUGAAGCUUCUUUUCAUUUCCAGAUUGUCAUACUGUGGAUCCAAUAUAAUCAACCAUUUUUUCUGUGAUAUCUCUCCACUACUGAACCUCACCUGCUCUAACAAGGAACAAGCAGAACUGGUAGACUUCCUCUUGGCCCUGGUGAUGAUUCUGCUCCCUCUAUUGGCUGUGGUUUCAUCAUAUGCUGCCAUAAUCGCCACUAUCCUGAGGAUUCCUACUGCUCAGGGACGUCACAAAGCCUUUUCCACAUGUGCCUCUCACCUGGCAGUGGUUGUUAUCUACUACUCCUCCACUCUCUUUACCUAUGCACGGCCCCGGGCCAUGUACACCUUCAACCACAGCAAGGUCAUCUCUGUGCUCUACACUGUCAUUGUACCAUUUCUCAACCCAGCCAUUUACUGCCUGAGGAACAAGGAAGUAAAGGAUGCCCUCAGAAAGACAGUGCUGGGUAGGUGUCCCUGUUCCAGGGAUAUCCCAGAUUGGUGUACCUGA